AUGGCUUCCUUGAAUCGGAGCGGUCGACUAGCGGUGUGUACAAGCGGAAAUAAAAUAGGCGUUUUUCAACUUGGAAAAUUUGACAGUUGGCAAGAACUUGUUAUAGACAGUCAAGAAGAAGCCAAAAAGGAAGAUGAAAAGACGGCAGAAUACCAGAAGGAGGAUGGCUCUGACAGAAUCCUGGCAUCUGCAUUCUCUAACUGUGGGCAAUAUUUUGCCAUUACAAACGACCAGAAAAACCUGGUACUAUAUGAUUGUAGUGGAAGCAAAUGGAAGCACAUCAGCACGAGGUGUGUUGCGAGACGCUGCACGACAUUAAGGUUCAGCCAGGAUGACGCGACUGUGGUUGUCGCUGACAAAUCAGGAGAUGUGUUCAGGUUUUCUGUGGACAGACCGCAAGAGGAAGGGGAACUUCUGCUCGGUCACUUGUCCAUGGUACUGGACAUGAUACUGAUACGAGACGAUAAGUUUAUGGUAACUUGUGACCGAGACGAGAAGGUUCGCAUCAGCCAUUUCCCCAAUGCUUACAACAUCCACACCUACUGUCUUGGACACACAGAAUUUGUGUCAAAACUGUUAUACAUAAAGGAAAAAGAUGUGAUUGUGUCUGGAGGAGGAGAUGGCAGCAUCAGAUUCUGGACAGUGGAUGGUAAACAGUUGCUAUGCAUCCCAAGACCUGAUGAACAACCACCUGGUGGAGGAGAUGAUGAGAAGGAGAAGAUAACUCCAGCUAUUAAGUGUUUAUGUUACUCUCCAGCUGAGCAUUGUCUUCUUGUGGCUUAUGAUAGUUUACCAUGCCUGCGGAUUUACUCACUGUCCUCAUCUACAACGAAGGGGGAUGUCUUCCUCUUCGCUGACCUCAAACAGGAAGUGACCUUAAUGCAUUCCCCCUGGGAUAUCUGCUGUGAUCAGUCGGAUUUUGUAUGGGUUCUUCAACCAGUGGAGGGAGAAACACUCACAGUGUGGUCAUUCUGUGAGGGGCAGCUAUGUCAGGUGACCGAUCCUUCUGAUGAUGCUGUGACACCUAUUGAGAAGGUAAACAGUAACUGGGCAUUUUUCAAAGACUCUCUUUCAGUAGAAAAUAUGUUUACUGUUUUACGGAAAGCAAAGGUAGACAACAUGAAGGAAUAUCUGGAGCGAAAACAACAACGACUUGGUGGCAAGGGCCAGCAAGCUACAGACCAAGGUGUUUCUCCUGCCAAAAAACUGAAAGCAAACUGAUGCAGAUAGUUUUAUUUUAAGGUUGAUGCAGAACCAUGUACAGAUGU